GGGUCGCAAAGAGUCAGCCAUGACUGUGCAACUGAUCUAAACUAAAUAAAGCAGGAAAGGAAGUCCAGAGAAAGGGUGGGUGGGUGGUAUCUAUAUCUAUAUCUAUAUAUAUCUGAUGAAGGUAGCCUCUGAUCCUUUACUCAUAAUUUAUACCAGUUUUAUACAGAAUCAGUGACUAACUUGGUUAUAUUUUAAUUUUUUAUCUAUAAAUGACCCACAGUUUCAACUCACAGACAUCUUUGUAUUUCCUUUACUAGUAUUUUUAUCUCCAUGAGUAAUUUUUCAUUGUUACAUUACCUGGUAGUUUUAGAAGAAGUGAGUAUUUUCAUAAAACUUGGGAGUGGGGAGGGUCUUUUGCUUCGUGGUUUUAGAGCCAGAAAUUAUAAAACAGAUUUAAGCAUUUAAAAACUAAUAAGCACUCCAUGGAAAAGAAAACAACAAAAUCACCUCAUUGUAGACAGGCAUAUGAUACACUUGCAGAAAUAUUUGCAAAAUACAGUCAACAUUCUUAAGAGCCUUAAGAUUUAAAGUCAUACAAAUCCAUUGGAAAAGAUAAAGGACCGCCCCCUCCCCCGCCCCCAAAAUGGGUAAAAUGGCUUCCACAAGCAAUUCAUUAGAGAAAUAUUUUCUAAAAUGCCCUCCCUCUUUAGUAAUGGGAAAAAUGAAAAUGCAAAUUAUAAGUUUGCAAAAGUGGUGGUGACCGUGGUAUUUUGUUGUUUUCAACUAAGGACACCAUGAUGCCUGGCAUUGGGCAGCGUCAUCCUCUAUGUUGGUGAAACUGUAACUUGGUACAACCUUCUGGAGAACAAGUUAGCAAGCGAAACAAAAGUAAUUUUACUUAUCUGUGUGUAUCCUCCAGAAAUGGACCUGGGCAGACUUAGCUGGAAGGCUGCUUGUUACAGUGUUGGAAAGAAACUGAAACAUCAGUGGCCGGAUGUAAAAUAGGCUAUUAGGACUUAAUCUAGAAUAACGUAGCGGUAUUUAUGAACAUGUAACCAUUUUCACUCAAAUGCGAGCAGUGGUUGGCUUUAUUCAUCCCUCUAUGGUAGAAAGUGCGGCUUGUAUUUUGAAAAAAAGGGGGCAGGGAGGGACGGAGAAACACGUCUAAAUUAGCAUUAUCCCAGAAAAGUAGCAUGCAAAUCUCGUAUGUAAUUUACGGUUUAAAUAGAUGCAUUUGAAAAAGUAAAAAGAGGUGAAACGACCAUUUUCUUUAACUCAGUAUAUUCCAAAUAUUAUCCUUUUCUAAUAUGAUAUCAUUUGACAAUAUUUUAAAAUACUAUCAUUUGAAAAGAUUAAUUCUAACAUGCAAUCCCUGUGGGAAAUGAGCAAAGUCGCACUCUCUUUUUUGAAGUCCAGUGUCUAUUUUACCCUUUAGCACAGGUCAACUUGGACAUUUCAACCUGGACUCCAUUUGGGGUGCACAUUCCGAGCGCCCCAGGGCCACUGGGCUGGGGGCUGGGGGCCCACACGUUCUGUAGUGAUGCUGGAGGGGGCAGAGGGUGGGGUCCUUAAGGUCUGUGCUCCACGCCAGCGUCCUGAUCACCCGGAGCCAGUUCAUCCCCCUCCCCAGUGGUACUCCUCUCCCGCCUCCCCCAGCCCCCAGGGAUGCCUGGAGAGUGGGCGGUGGCUGCUCGCUGCUGCGGAAAGCUUGUAGUGAAAUUGGGCUUUUGUUCACUUUCCCUUCCUUCCGGGAAGAAUCCAUCUGCUGGAGGAUGUUUAUCUCCAGGAAACGGGACUUGUGGCUCCCUUGAGCCAAUGAACCCAAGGUCUAGAUUGACUCGGAGAGGCAGGGAGGGUGGAGCCAGCGCCAGGCACCCAGCCUGGGAGGUUUCAGGGGAGGGAUGGGGUCCAGGUGCUGGUCUUUCCGGCAACCGGGAACCACCAAGAAACACAAGCUGGAGAUUGCAACAGGGGCAGGCAUGAGAAACACUUGAAGUGGGGCUUCGUGCUGGAGCCACGCUUGACUCUGCUGGGCGAGUCCUGGCUUUUGCUUCAGGGGGUCCUCCCCAACUCUCACCUCUUGGGGAGGGUUCUCAGAGCAGGAAGCGGGGAUGAGAUCUGGAGUAAGGAGGGGCCUGCCCAUUUGAACCAUCCCUGGGAGCAGAUGCCUGAUGGGGGUGUCCAUCAAGUGAGUCUCAGUCCCCAGGUCUUAGAUAAACAGCAUGCCUGCCUAAUCCCACCCAAUCACCAUCUCUGUCCAUGAGCACGUUCUCAGCUGUGGACAUCUGAAUCAGCCAGGGGGUUGUGUCCCCAAGUUCUGCCAGAAACUGGCUCAAAGCACCACUUAGUAGCUGAGAGAGAGAGAGAGCAUGAGGGCAUUCACUCCAUCCGAGCCUCAGUUUCUCUUUUCUGUACAAUGGGGGCGAUCGUGACACCCUGCGUGCAGGGCCAGGGACCUAAGUUUAAUGAUGCCGCCACACAAUGCCUGGCACGUGGCAGGCAUCCAGUGUAUGGGAACUGCUGACGGCAUGCCUAUGUCUGCAUUGCUGGUGGUCGGCCAGUGGCUGGGGCCCCGUGUCCUUGUGUGACCCCGCCUCUCUGCGUUCCCUCUGCUCUCUGGUAGCCAUCGGGAGACCCGAACUGGGGCUGUGGAAGCAGCAGAGACCAAGCCGUCACCUGCCCAGGGUACCACUGGGGGAUGGCCGCUGUGGGAGGCCGGCCUCCAGCUCAGGGCUUCCGUGUCACUGGAAAUCGGCCAGUCUCCAGCGUGGGAGUGGAGAUUGUCAUUUCUGAAUUGCUAGUUGUUGGAAAGGAGGUUCUUAGGGGCAGGGGGUGGGUCCUAAGCUCCCUAUUUCCCCUGCCACCAGGUUUUAUAGGUUGCCCACUUUGUCCUCCCAGGCAACUUAAAACGAGGACAUGAUAAACUCUGUCCUUCUGGGGGAGGUGCGGAUUUAGCAGAAGGGAGAGAGAGAGAGAGAGGACAGACAUCAACAGGAGAUUUUUUGAUCCUUUGAUUUGAGAGUAUGUGGCCUGAGCCCCACGCCCUUGCCCUUCCCCUCCCAGCCCCCACCCAGUGCCUUGUAUGGGCUGCAGCUGCCGGAGCCUGAGAAUCUGAUAGUUUAAAGCUGGUUUGGAAAUUAAAAUUUUUUCCUUAAGCCUUUGAUGCUUUGGGAUUUUUACUAUUAUUAUUAUCAAAACAGCACUGCCACAUUAAAGGAAACUUUUUUUUUUUUACAAAAGCCCAUUUUCCUCUCCAGCCUGACAUCACUCCUUGAUUUCUCUGCCUGCCCUUUUGCCUUUCUUCGAGGAUGCAUAUGUGUGUGUCGUCUGUGAUCAAUGCGUGUAAACAAGUCUUAAGUUCUGCCUUUUUCUCCUGCUCGAGGUUGUUUGAUGAUCAGUUUCCCACAUCCUGCGUGGUCUUCAUAGACCCCAUUUCUUGUGCUUACAGGAUAAUCUGUUGAGUUAACAUGUCCUUGUUUUCUCAACCAUUUUCUUACUGCUGGGUGUUAGGCUGUUUCCAGUCUCUUGAUAUUAUGAAUGAGGCAUCAGUGGCUAUCUGUGUUGCAGACUUUUUUCUGCUCUGAAAUAGUUCCAGAGGGUGGGUUUCCCACUAUGGGGGCUCCUGGAUCCUUCUCAAUUUAAAGUUAAGUGUUUCAAGAACCUGCCGUAAUGGCCGAUGCCCCAAGACCAUCCCAUCCUGGGGUCGUUUUGUCCCUCCCUGCCUGGUGGCAUCUGGUACCUGCUGCUCAGUGGGAGGGAAGUCCUCUUCUUCCCCUUUCCUGGUCAGUGCCACCAAGAUGGUAACAGACUCAAGAAGGUCUAGCCCCAUGCCUGGCAGUGAGUCAAAAGCCCGUGUUAUCUGCAAGGAUCUAUAGAGACUGGGAGAUGGGGGCCUGGGCGUCAGCAUGCCCUGGGCCCCCCACCAGCUCUGUGGCCUUGGGCACGUGCUCUUCUCCAGCCUGAUAGCCCGUCAAGGCCACUGGAUGGGAUAAUCUCUGGGCUGUCCUUCACUUCUCAGUCUUGGGAAUCUCUGAAGUUGAGGGCAUUGUGGAUGGCUCUGUGGGCGUCAUGUGGCAUUGUGGGUACCACCCUGUAGCACCAUCCCCAGGGGCGCACACGAAAUCCACGGAGGGGCUUCCCUGGUGGUCCAGCAGGUAAGACUCAGUGCCAGGGGUGUGGGUUCGAUUCCUAGUUGGACAACGAAGAUCCCACGUGUUAUGUGGCAUGGCCAAAAUAUUUUUUUUUGUAAUUAAAAAAAUAAAAAUUCCACCUAGAUGUGGGAAGAAAAACACCAGAACUACUAUGUUGUAUUUUGGCUUUUUUUUUUUUUUUUAAGGAAAACUAAAACCUAUUAAGUGAUACUUGGAUUGACAAUAGCCUCAUAUAUAAUCUAUAAAAUAUAUAUCUAUGUGUGCGUGUGUAUACAGAGUACAGGCUCCAUGCUUUAAUGUGCUGAGAUCCCCACACUCUGGGUCAUGCAUCACUAUUUUAGUGUUUGGAGUAGGGCUGUGGGAAUAAAGCCCUGGCUUCCGUCCAUGACCCCAGGGCAAAUCUCUUAAUUUAGUCUCUUCAUCUCCAAGAGUAUGGUCGCUCCACAGAUACACAAGUGGUACAGGAGUUAUAAUAGUGAUAUCUCAUGCUUCCAUCCUGGGGUCUUUUUUUUUUCCCUUAAUUUAAUUGCGGCCAUUCAGGCUCAGAUUAUUUUGAGACAGGGCUUCUUAAUAUCCUGGUGCCGACAGCAGACUUUCAAAUAGAGAGGGCUGGUGGCAGUGUUAGUGAAGGGACAAAAGCUUCCAGAUACACUCAAGGCAGCGAGAGUGACCCCACAGCCCUGCCGAAGUCCCUCCUGCUCUGCGUAGCAACAGGCAUCAAAGCUCCUGAAGUCUCUUCUGUGUCUCCUCUGUUCCCUCUGCCGCCGGCCGGCUGUUGGAAUAAAGCAGUCUUCCGCUUUCUCUGGGGCUCCUUUUCUUCUCAGGAUAAGGCAGAUGAGCAUUCCAGAAAGCGACAGAGCCUCGGGACACCCGUGGCCCUCCUGGCGCCUGCGUUUCUUGCACAAUCUCCUGCAGCGUGUUCUUCCAGCUGUUGGAUGUUCUGAGCACAACGCCACCCCCGCCCCUGCCCCAUUCUGCAAAUUCAGCUUCUUCCUGGUGACAGCGUUGGUUGCACCCCUGAGCUAAAGGCCCCUGGCCUACCAGGCAAGACCCCCUCUGCUGGGCUCCAGCUCCGCUUUGAGCCUAUCCUGCAGUCUGUCCUCCGUCUCCUCCCCCAUCGGGAUGCUCAGGCCCUGAGGUCUCCACCUGCAAAACUGGCCCUGGAUGUGUCCUAACCCUGGCAUACCCCGCCCCGUCCAGCUCCUUCAUCACACCCUCAUCCUGGCCCCUGCCCAUCUCCACAACCAUAGCCUCGUCCUAGUGCACAUCCUCUUUGCCCUGUAUUACUGCCUCCCCUCCUCUCUGCCUGAAAAAGCUUCUGGUAUCCAGCCCAAGGCACGACUGAGCUCGAAUGCCCCCUUGUGUCCAGCCAUGUUGCUUGGGGUUGGCCUGGGUGGUUAGAAGCGGAAAUGCUGGAGGGGGCGGGUGGCUGUGGCCGUGGGUGUGGAAGUGUGAGUCCUCCAUGUACCGGGUGAGCUUACAGGCCAGCUGCAUGGUGGGAGGCCUGUCCGGCUGCCCCAGAGGAGCUCAGGUCCAUCUGGGAGCCGCUGGGCUAGUGACGAGGCGGGGCAGUGCCCUCUGGACAGCCUGCCAGGGAGGAUGAGGGAGGGUGUGGUCAGAGUUGAUCCAACCAGGAGCCUGGCCUGGCCUCGCAAGGAGGGCUCCUCGCCCUGCCAUGGAGGAAUACUCUGUGCUCAGUGGGCCAAGAGGAGUGGAAUCGGAUUCCAGAGGAGGCGAGGGCGUCAGGGGGAGAUGCAAGAUGCUGCUGUCUUCCCUUGCUCCGCCAGGAAAGCAGGAUGUGGCUUCCGGGGUGGAGGGGGGCGGGGGCGUCCCACCCAGGGUGUGCCGUGGGGAGUGGCUGCCUAUUUUAGCCACUUCCCCUGAGCUGAGUCACGGGGCUCAGUAGAGCCCCCUCCUGAAGCCACGGCGCCCUGGGGCACAGGCCCCUUCCGGGUGGCACUCAACAUCGCCCCCCAAACUGGUGCAGGCCACCUGCUUGUUCUUAUCCUCAGAGUUUCACCUCUUCACCCCCAGGUUGCUCCCUGUUCAGAGCUUAGGCUGACAGUGUCAUGAGGAUGCCGUAAGACCAGAGAUUUGAAACAGCCUGAUGAGUGGACUCUGACUAGUCCUGGAGCUUCAGCCAUAGGGCCCCAGGGCUGCAGGGUCCCGUAGGCCCCCCUUGCUGGGCAGGGCGCCCAGUGAGUGACUCCACCUAGGCCCCCGCUCUCAGGACUUGGGGCGUUCUCAUGCUGGAGGUCAGAGAUGGCUUGGUUUCUCACGAGCCACAAAGCCUUGUCCCCACCCCCAGGGAGUGAGACCACGGGUGGCAGAUAAGCGCUGGCCAGACCUGCCUGGCCUUCCUGGGGUGCGGGGCUGUGCAGGGGCCUAGGGAUCUCCCUGCCGGCGCCUCGAGCCCUGACCUCUAGCUCUCCCCUUGAGAAUGUCCCGAGAGAGGGUGAUAGGAUGGUGGGGACCCUCCUGUCCUGGAGCCACGAUGGCUGGGGCCCCUGGUCCCCGCAGGUGGCCACGGGGGUCCACACCGUCCCGGGCUGAGUCCUGGGCAGCGGGGCCUGCGGUUUCCUUUCCGUUCUAACAAGCACUUGAGCUCAGGGAAACCGCAGUGCCUGACGUUUCUCCCUGGGCCUGGGGAUUCCUGCCAUUAGCUUGAGACCCUUACGCAACUCUGGAGGUUCCUGUCACAGAUCCCACAACUCUGAUCCUUUUCGUUUCCUCCCCUGUUCCUCCCUCCCUCUUUUCUUUUUUUUUUCCUGCCUGAGCAGGCAUACAGACUCUCACUCCAGGACUGGGAUUCUCAACCCAGGUGCUCCCCCUGCCCGCGGGGGACACCUGGCCAGUGCGGAGCGGCUUUGCUUGUCCCAGUCACAGCUGGGGAAGGGUGCUGCUGGCAUCGGGCAGGGAGCAGCCAGGGAGGUGGCCAGACGGCCUACAGGAAGCAGGAUGAGCCCCCACCACAAAGGACUCAAAGCUCCAGGUGUCAGUAGGAAAAUGAAGGAGUUGUGCUGAGAGCCGAGGCUUCUGUGACCAGAGGCGGGAGCUGAGCUGCAGGCAGGUUGAGGACACGGACGCUCACCUUCUAUUCUUGCCUCACUGCCCUGAUGGCAGCAGAAGCCUGGGGGGUCCUCCAGUAUCCAGAGUGCCUUAGAGACCUGAUUUGAUUUCCUUUGAUGCGAAUAGUUCUGAAGCUGACACACUCCAUUCUCCUCUUGGUUAGCCAAAGAGUUUUCCCUAAAGUUGGCCUGAGACCCCAUGGCUGCCCCCAAGGGUCACAUACGGUGACUCUCUGCUGGAGCAAUGUGGAAGGGAUGGCCCUGAGGCCAGUACUUUGCAUGUGUGUCUAGUGUAGGCAGCAGCAGACUAUGGCCCAGAUCUGGCCCACCACUUGUGUCUAUAAAUAAAGUUUUAUUGGGACACAGCCAUGCCCGUUUGUUUACAUACAGCCUACUGCUGCUUUCCUACCACUGCAAAGACAGAUUUGAGUAGCUAAGACCAAGACCAUAACUGCCGUAAAGCUGAAAAUCUUUGCUGUCUGAACCUUCAUGGAGAACACUUGUCGAAACCUGGUCUAGCGGCUCCACGUCUGAUAGUUUAGAGGUGUCUUCGACUGUGCCAAGAACCGCCGGACGGGCUUCAGUGGCAACGGGCCUGUUGCAACCCUCCGGAAGCUCAUGGUCUGGUGGGGAGAUGACAGUCCAGCCAGCAGCUGGAGAACAACAUAGCCAGUGCCCGCUGGGGCCCGGGACAUCCAUAGUGCUGGGGGUGUGGGACCAGGAGGCCGGUGGGGUCUCACUGGGUUAAAGCAGGUUUCCUGGAAGAAGUGACAUCUCAGAUGAGCCCUGAGGAUGCUGGCACUGUGAUCGCCUCCUUAUCGCCCCUUCCAGCCGCCGGACUUCACCUCUGACUGCCGAUCCACCUCUGACCCCCCGAUCCACCUCCGCCGCACUUCACCGCUGACCCCCGAUCCACCUCCGCCGGACUUCACCUCUGACCCCCGAUUCACCUCUGACUUCCGAUCCACCUCGGAACCCCUGGUCCACCUCCGCCGGACUUCACCUCUGACCCCCCAUCCACUUCCGCCGGACUUCACCUCUGACUCCCGAUCCACCUCCGCCGGACUUCACCUCUGACCCCCGAUCCACCUCCGCCGGACUUCACCUCUGACCCCCGAUCCACCUCCGCCGGACUUCACCUCUGACCCCCGAUCCACCUCCGCCGGACUUCACCUCUGACCCCCGAUCCACCUCCGCCGGACUUCACCUCUGACCCCCGAUCCGCCGCUGCCUUGGAGGCCCCUGUCCUCCGCCCCAGCAGGAUGCCCAUCCUCAAGCAACUGGUGUCCAGCUCGAUGCACUCCAAGCGCCGCUCGCGGGUGGACCUCACGGCCGAGAUGAUCAGCGCCCCGUUGGGCGACUUCCGCCACACUAUGCACGUGGGCCGGGCGGGGGACGCCUUUGGGGACACCUCCUUCCUCAACAGCAAGGCCGGGGAGCUGGACGGCGAGUCUGUGGACGAGCAGGCCCCGUCCUCCUCCUCGUCCUCCAAGCGCAGCCUCCUGUCCCGCAAGUUCCGGGCCAGCAAGCGGUCCCAGUCGGUGACCCGGGGCGACAGGGAGCAGCGAGACGUGCUGGGCUCCCUGCGGGACUCAGCUCUCUUCGUCAAGAACGCCAUGUCCCUGCCGCAGCUCAAUGAGAAGGAGGCCGCGGAGAAGGGCUCCAGCAAGCUGCCCAAGAGCCUGUCGUCCAGCCCCGUGAAGAAGGCCAGCGCGGAGGGCAGCCUGGAGGAGGCGGUGCCUCGGCGAAAUGGGGCCGCCGGCCCGCACUCCCCAGACCCCCUUCUGGAGGAGCAGGCCUUCGGGGAUCUGACGGAUCUGCCCGUGGUGCCCAAGGCCAGCUUUGGGCUGAAGCACGCCGAGUCCAUCAUGUCCUUCCACAUCGACCUGGGGCCCUCCAUGCUGGGCGACGUGCUCAGCGUCAUGGACAAGGGGGGCGAGUGGGAGCAGGAGGACGGCGGUUACCAUGGCGACGGGGACCCAGCCAGCAGCCCGGCCCCCGCGCCCAGAGCGGCCGGGCAGGAAGGCGAGGGGGGCCCGGACGCGCCCUCCCGCGCCCUGCAGGAUGAGGGCUGGGCCGCGGCCGCCCCCAGCCCCGGCUCGGCCCGCAGUGCAGGCAGCCACACCACGCGGGACAGCAGCUCGCUGUCCAGCUGCACAUCCGGCGUCCUGGAGGAGCGCAGCCCCGCCUCCCGGGGGCCGGACCGCGCCCUGGCCACUCUCCCUGCACAGCCACCCGACCCCGAGUUCUCCUUUAUGGAUGAGGAGGAGGAGGACGAGAUCCGGGUGUGAGGAGAGCUGGAGGUGGGCGGCUCUGGGCGAGGUCCCCUCCCUGCCCCCAGCCACGCAGAGGCAGCCAAGGCCUUGACCCUGAGCCUCAUGGAUGAGGGGCACUGCGAGCCUGGGGGCCCAGGAGGACUUGAAGCUGGCUUGGGUGCCUGACUGUUUUGUUUUUUUUUUUUUUGCACACCCUGCCCUGCCCUAAAGCUCCUAGGAUGGGGCUGCAUGCUUGCAGCAGGCAUCAGCUCUCCCAGCCCCAAGACCUCCAGUGGAUGCUGCUGGCAACCCGAGUCCCUGCCACGUGGGGCGAUAACACGGCAGCCGGGGUCGCCAGGACUGAGGACACCUGAGUCGCCUCUUUUGUCCUGGCGUUUCUGCUGUGACCGGAAGCGACCAUCAGAAUAAAUGCUUGUGCCAGGUCGCCUGCACAGGGAACCCCUCGGAGGCAAAGCGGACCUAACGUGUACACUAAACGCGACCCCUUCCGGGGACGAGAACAGGAUGCAGAACGGAAGGAAGGCUCCAGGCGGCUUGAAUUUUCAGUCAAGACGGGGCCUUCCAGGAUGACACUAGGCUAGGCCACAGCCCUAGCUCUCUCCCUCUGCGUCUGUUGGUUCUUGUGUUUAAAUCUUUCUAGAGCAAUACCGGGAGCGGUGUUGUAGACCCGCCACUGGGAGGAAGACGAAUCCUUUUAGAAAGACCUUUAUACUAAGUGCUUCCAAACUUUAUUUAGAGCUGUAUGGGGUGGGAGGGGGUGGUCUGUGUGUGUCUGUCUUUGGCCCCCUCCCCCAUAGCUGUUAACAACUGGGCAGGCAGCCAGUGUAGAAAAUUUCUGGAAGAUGAUUAUUAAAAAGGCUGUCAUUCCUACGGGGGUGGGGUAUAAAACCUUUCUUUGAAUUGGGUUGUUCCUUCCCCCUCCCUCAACCCGGACUGACUACUUCCCCUUCCUCUCUCAGGCCUCUGUCCAGGGAACCCCCUUCCCCACCUCUGAGUCAACAGCCUGGAGAGCAGAGUGUUGCCAGAGCUAGCAACAAAACAGAAUGCUGAGUUAAAUUAGAAUCUCAGGCAUACAGAGGAUACUGUUUUUAAGUAUGCCCCCUGCCUUAUUUGGCACAUACUUAGACUAAAAAGUUAGUGUUUUUCAUUCUGAAAUUUGGAUUUCCCUGUGUGCUUGAGUUGAGCUUGGGUGUGAGCCCCAGAGUUCAAGCUGACUCACCUCCCCACGUGCCCUUGGAGCCAGCGGAGGGCGGGGGCAGACAGAACCAGCACGGGGUCCAGCCGGGGUGGAGGCAGAUGCGCACUCAGACUGUAGCUUAGUGUUUGAAUCAGGUGCCCCUGG